UUGGUUCCAGUCAGUCGUUCGAACUGUCAUCCAUCCUUCAACAUGAUUGGAAAACGUGCAAACACACAAACAAGCAUUUCUCUGACGACACUUCGUAAGCUCGCACGUGCAAAAUUAACGUGAAAUAACGCGAGUUUCUCCUAUAUCAGCCACGCACCAUGACCGAGUCAGAAGUACAAUCUGCCCCCGUACCGGAGGAGAAGCCGGAAGAGAGCGAGGCUAACAGCGGUGCCGUCACCGCGAACGAAGCCGCAAUUAUCCGCCAGCUGGAGUACUACUUCGGUGAUGCCAAUCUGGCCAAGGACAAAUUCAUGAAGGACCAGAUCGCCAAAGAUGAUGGCUGGGUUCCGCUCGAUGUGUUGCUGACGUUCAAGCGUCUGAAAUCGCUCAGCGAGGACAAGAAGGUGAUUGUGGAUUCGAUUGCCAAAUCGGACGAGGGAUUGAUCGAGAUCAGCGAGGAUAAGGAGAAGCUGCGCCGCCAUCCGGAACGUCCGCUGCCCGAGAUGAACGAGGAGCGACGCAAGGAGCUGUACGCUCGUACCGUGUACGUGAAAGGGUUUGCCCCGCAGGGUGGCACCACAAUGCAUGAGCUGGUGGAAUUUUUCGAAUCGUUCGAAAAGGUGACCAACAUCGUGAUGCGCAAGUAUCUGGACAAACCGACCAAGAAGUACCUGUUCAAGGGCAGCCUGUUCGUGACGUUUUCCGACAAGGAGGAGUGCGCCAAGUUUUUGGAGAAAGGCCCGCUGAAGUACAAGGGCAAGGAGCUGAUUUGCAUGAUGCAGAACGAUUACUACGAAUCAAAGCGCGCCGAGCACAAGCAACGCACCGAGAAGAUAGAGGAGCGGAAGCGCAAGAAGCAGGAGGCGAACAAUGAGCUGGUCGCGCAGCUGCCGACCGGAGCGUGUGUGUUUAUGGAUGGGUUCGGGAAGGAAACGACCCGUGAAUCGAUCAAGGAAACAAUCCGUGGGCUUGAUGAAACGCUCGAGUUCGCUUACAUCGAUUACCAGAAGGGGGACAAGAAUGGGUACGUGCGUUUUAGCAAACAGGACGCAGGCAAACAGUUCCUCGAAAAGCUAACGGAUAAGAAGCUGACAGUCGACGAUGCCGAGGUAACGGUCGAAUUGCUCGUUGAGGAGAAGGAAACCGCCUACCUGACGAAGAUUGCGGAGGAACAGGCCAAGUGGAAGGGCAGUGCGAAGCACAAGGGUAGAGGAAACCGGGGCAAUAACAACCGCAACCAUCAUCAUCACGGCGCAGGACAUAAGCGUAAGCGGGAUAAUAAUGCCGACAAGGAUGCUGCGGACGGUGAGCCUCCCAGUAAGAAGGACGCGGCGGUUGAGAAGCCCUCGGCAAGCGAAACCAAAGCCGCCGAGUAGAUACCUGACUUUGCGUUUCGCUGGGUAAUGAUUUGAAUUCGUAUCUGUAAGAAAACGUACUUUUAUCGCUACUACUACUAAGGAUAAUUUCUAUAUUACAUUUUAUAAGACGUUGCACGCUGGAGAAGAGCUAACUCCAGUAGUGUAUGGCAUUGGAGACCGAACUGUUGAAUAUAAAAAAUGUCAAUAUUCGAAGAUUUA